CCCGAAUUGAUCGGCGCACCUUCCAGGGAACCCUGCCCGCGACACCCCGAUAGCAGUGCUGAGGGCAAAACUCCAGCCAAUUCAGCCAUUCAUUGGCGCAAGGCAUUGCUGAUCGGGUGUGCUGGGAGCAACGCGGGGCCCUGCUGCCCCUCCCUGCCUCGCACAUCGAUCGUGUGCCCCUGCGCCGCUGCUGCCGCCAGGCAGCCCGCUGCAACAACGGCCUGAGGGGUGCAGCGUGGCGCCAUGGUGCUGGAGAUAGGGCAGGAGGGGUGCCAGUACAACUAUGUGGUGUCGGCCCACAAGCCCACCUCGGUGCAGCACAGCGCGGUGGGCCACUUCACCGCCGCCAGCGACCUCAACCUCGUCAUCUCCAAGAGCACGCAGCUGGAGGUGCACCGGCUGACGGCCGAGGGGCUUCAGGGGGUGCUGGACGUGCCGCUGUACGGCCGGGUGGCGGCGCUGCAGCUGUUCCGUCCCGCCUCUGAGCCUCGUGACCUGCUGCUGCUGCUGACCGAGCGAAACAAGUUUUGUGUGCUGGGAUUCGACGAGGAGAGCGGCGAGCUGGUGACGCGGGCCAACGGCGAUGCCUCCGACCGUGUGGGGCGGCAGGUGGAGCUGGGGCAACGCGGCAUCGUGGACCCGCAGUGCCGCCUCAUCGGCCUGCACCUCUACGACGGCCUGUUCAAGGUCAUCCCCAUGGAUGAGCGGGGCGGGCUGCAAGAGGCCUUCAACAUGCGCCUGGAUGAGCUCAAAGUGGUUGACAUCGCCUUCCUGGACGGCUGCGCGGCGCCCACCAUCGCGGUACUGUAUGAAGAUACCAAGGAGCAGCGGCACGUGAAGACGUAUGAAGUCAGCCUGCGGGAAAAGGAGCUUGUGGAGGGGCCCUGGCAGCAGUCCAACCUGGAUGCCGGCGCCUCCAUGCUGAUACCCGUGCCCGCCAGCGGCGGCGCGAUGGUGGUGGGCGAGAGCGUGGUGACGUUCAUCGCGCCGGGCGUGGUCCGGUCUGCCGCCAUCAAGCCCACGCUGGCGUAUGGCCAGGUGGACGACGACGGCUCCCGCUUCCUGCUCUCCGACUUCCUGGGCAACCUGUAUCUGCUGCUGCUGCUGCGCGAGGAGGGCGCCGCGGGCGCGUCCAGCAGCAGCGGCGCCGGCGCCGGCGCCGUGGCGGGCCUCAAGCUUGAGCCGCUGGGCCGCACCCCCGCCGCCUCCACCAUCGCCUACCUCGACAGCGGGGUGGUGUUUGUGGGCAGCAGCUUUGGAGACUCACAACUGAUACGGCUGCACUCCUCGCCUCCCGACCCCUCCCAGCCCACCAGCUUUGUGGAGGUUCUGGACAGCCAGCCCAACCUGGGGCCCAUCGUGGACUUUGCAGUGGUGGACCUGGAGCGGCAGGGGCAGGGCCAGGUGGUCACCUGCUCGGGCACGGGCGUGGACGGCAGCCUGCGCAUCGUGCGCAACGGCAUCGGCGUGGUGGAGCAGGCGCUCGUGGAGCUUCCCGGCAUCAAGGACCUUUGGAGCCUGCGCAAGACUUUCAUGGACGCGCACGACACAUACCUGGUGCUCACCUUUUCCGGAGAGACCCGCGUGCUGGGCAUGAAUGCAGAGGAUGAGCUGGAUGAGGCUGAGAUCCCGGGCUUCAACAGCACAGCCCUGACGCUGUGCUGCGCCAAUACGGUGCACGACCAGCUGCUCCAAGUCACGGCCACGGCGUUUCGCCUGGUGGACUGCAUGACGCAGCAGCUGGUCACGCAGUGGGAGCCGGGCGCCGACGGACGCAUCACCAUCGCCGCCGCCAGCCCCACGCAGCUGGUGGCGGCUGUGGGCGGGCGCACGCUCGUGUACCUGGAGCUUGGGGAUGGCCAGAUAGAGGAGAAGGGGCGGGUGCAGCUGGAUGCAGACAUAGCCUGCCUGGACAUCACGCCCGUGGGUGAGCUGAGCGAGGCCAGCGAGGUGGUGGCGGUGGGCAGCUGGGCCUUGGAGGCCCACAUCUUCGCCCUGCCCUCCCUGGCGCCCCUGUUCCGCGAGAAGCUGCCCACCGACGUCAUCCCCCGCAGCACCUUGUUUGCCCAGUUCGAAGGAGACACCUAUCUGAUGUAUGGGCUGGGGGACGGCCAGCUCGUCAACUACCGGCUGGACGCCGAUGGCCCCACCGACCGCAAAAAGAUUGCGCUGGGCACCAAGCCCAUCUCGCUCCGUACCUUCAGGAGCCGCGGCGCCGCCGCCGUGUUUGCCGCCAGCGACCGGCCCACCGUCAUCUAUUCCUCCAACCGCAAGCUCCUGUACUCCAACCUGAAUGAGAACGAGGUGAGCCACAUGACCUCCUUCAACACAGCCGCCUUCCCAGACAGCCUGGCGCUGGGCAAGCAGGAGGCGCUGCUGAUCGGGACCAUCGACGAGAUCCAGAAGCUGCACGUGCGCACGGUACCGCUGGGCGAGCAGCCGCGGCGCAUCGCCCACCAGGAGACGAGCCGCACCUUUGCUGUCACCUGCACCCAGGCCACCAUCAGCGGCGAGGGGGGCGACAGCGUGCGGCUGGUGGAUGAGCAGACCUUCGAGCUGCUGGACCGGCUGCAGCUGCAGCAGCAUGAGCUGGCCUGCUCCCUGUGCAGCACACAGCUGGGCGAUGACCCAGCCACAUACUAUGUGGUGGGCACAGCCUUCGCGCCGCCCAACGAGCCUGAACCCACCAAGGGCCGCAUUUUUGUGCUGGCGGCGGCUGGCGGCAAGCUGUGCGUGGUGUGUGAGAAGGAGACGCGAGGCGCGGUGUACUCGCUGGCGGAGUUCCAGGGACGGCUGCUGGCGGGCAUCAACAGCCGGGUGCAGAUGUACAAGUGGCUGGAGCAGGGCGAAGGCGGGCGGGCGCUGGUGCCGGAGUGCAGCCACGCAGGCCACGUGCUGGCGCUCUACCUCGCCACUCGUGGCGACCUGGUGGUUGUGGGCGACCUGAUGAAGAGCAUCCAGCUGCUGGCGUGGGGGGAGGAGGAGGGGGCGCUGGAGCUGCGGGCGCGGGACUUCCACCCCAACUGGAUGAGCGCCGUCACCGUCCUGGAUGACGACACGUAUAUGGGCGCCGAGAACAGCUACAACCUGUUCACGGUGAGGCGCAACGCAGACGCAGCCACCGACGAGGAGCGCAGCCGGCUGGAGACGGUGGGGCGGUACCACCUGGGCGAGUUUGUCAACCGCUUCCAGCCGGGGUCUCUGGUCAUGCGGCUGCCAGACUCAGAGCUGUCGCAGAUCCCCACCGUGCUGUUUGGCACCAUCAAUGGCGUGAUCGGGGUGGUGGCCAGCCUGCCGCAUGCGCAGUACCAGCUGCUGGAGUCGCUGCAGGAAGCUAUGCGGAAGGUGGUGAAGGGAGUGGGCGGCUUCGACCACGCCCAGUGGCGCGCCUUCAGCAACCAGCACAUGCCCGCCACCCCCGCCCGCCAGUUUGUGGAUGGCGACCUGAUCGAGCAGUUUCUGGACCUCAAGCGGGACAGCGCCGAGGCGGUGAUCGCCGCCAUGGCGGGCGGCGGCGCAACGGUGGAGAGCGUGACGCAGCUUGUGGAGGAGCUCAGCAGGCUGCACUGAGGCCUGCAUGAGUGCUUGCUUGUCCCUUCAGAGUUAGAGUGGCUUUGAGAGGAUUCGAGCGCCGCUGGGUGGCAGCGCCUGAGAGCCGCUGGCGGCGGGGCCCAGGGACGGGCCCAGGCGGCGGCGGCACAGCGUGUGCCCCAAGUCUGUGCCUGCCCUCUGCUGGCGUCCCAUGCUACCCCCUUUCCGCGUGGGCCGCCUCUGGUCCGCCUGCCGCCACUGUAAAGUUCCCUUGAC